GUCCAUUCUUUAUCAUUAGUACUGAAUAAGAAAACUAGUGAGCUUGCUAAAGCCAGUGUGUCAAAACUCGCAGCUCACUUGGAAGUGAUUGAGGGAGAUUUAGCCUUGCAAGGAAGUAUUGGAAGUCUGUCCUUAAGUGAUCUUACAGCUCAUGGAGAAUUUUACAGAGAACGUUUCACUACAAGUGGUGAAGAAGCACUCAUUUUCCAAGUCUAUAAAUAUGGAAGGCCAGAUCCAUUGCUACAGAGGGAAUGUGAUAUUCGUGUCACUCUGCGAAUGGCAUCUGUUCAGUAUGUGCAUACUCAGCGUUUCCAGGCAGAGGUGGUGUCUUUCAUCCAGCAUUUUACUCAGCUUCAGGAUGUCUUGGGGCGGCAAAGAGCAGCAAUUGAAGGACAAACAGUAAGAGAUAAAGCACAGCGAGCUUCCCGAGUUCUUCUUGAUAUUGAGGCUGGUGCUCCUGUUUUGCUUAUACCGGAAAGCUCAAAGUCUAAUAGUCUUAUUGUAGCUAACCUUGGAAAACUGAAAGUCAAGAACAGAUUUCUGUUUGCGGGUAUGCCGGGUACUUUUUCAUUAAAGAACAAGGAUUCAGUUCAAUUUUCAUCUCCUUUGGGAACACCGAAACAUAGCAUGAAGAAAACAAGUGCUGAUGAAUCAAAAGUAGUGAUGGAAGGGUUGUUCAUGAAAAAAUCACCAGGAACAAACAUUUCUAGGCUGAAGAGUGAGCCGGUGCUGAAUACGUUGAGUAAGCAACAAGAGCAACAAUCAAAGCUACCUAUUGUACCAAACCCUGACAGCCCAGAGGAUCACAUCUGCCUCUUAGACUGCAUUGUGGUUGAUCUGCAGGACAUGGACAUAUUUGCUGCAGAAAGAUAUCAGAGAGAGUACUCAAAGGCUGUGGAAGAUUCAAGUGCGGACUUGAACUUUCCAUCCUACUUCGUGAGGCAGACAGGAAGAAGCCUGCUAACAGAACCUUUCAGGCUGAAGUUACAAGUAGAGAGAAACUUAGACAAAGAGUUAAGUCAUGCAGUUGCAGACAUAUCGAUCCAUGGCAAUCUGUCAUCAGUCCAUUGCUCUCUGGAUUUGAAUAAGUAUAAACUGAUACGUGGACUGCUGGAGAACAACCUUGGGGAGCCUAUAGAAGAGUUCAUGCGGCCUUAUGAUCUGCAGGAUCCAAGAAUUCAUACAGUUUUGAGUGGAGAAGUGUAUACUUCUAUGUCAUUCCUCAUUGACAUGGUUAAUGUGAGUCUGGAACUGAUGGAUCCAAAAGGAAAAGAUGGAUGCAGCUCUUUAGCCAGGUUUGAUUUUAAGAAAUCCAAGUUGCUUUUUGAAAGCUCUUCAAAUGGAACAAAGUCUGUAAAUUUGGUUUCUCAUUCCAUGAUGGCAUUUGACACACGUUAUGCGGGUCAGAAGUCUACUGCAGGCACGCCAAAUGUGUUCAAUUGCAUCUUUCAGUCAUCAAAGAACACUAGUAGUCCAGGAGCAAUCCAGAUUGAAUUGCACUUCAGGUCUACUAAGGAUUCCUCCAGUUUCACAGUUGUUCUGAACAAUCUUCGUGUUUUUCUAAUAUUUGACUGGUUGUUGCUUGUUCAUGACUUUUUAUAUACUCCUGGAGAUACCAAAAAGCGGGAAAAUCACCUUUCUUCCCGGCAGCGAACUUACAGCACGGAAACAACUGUAGUUCCAAAAACAGUGAAAAGUGGAGUAGUUACAAAACGUUCGUCGCUACACGUGUCUACAGAAAAACAACUGGAAGUUAAGGUUAAUGUGACAGGAACUGAAUUUGUGGUUGUUGAAGACAUGUCUUGUUUCGAUACCAGUGCAAUUAUUUUGAAGGGGACUACUGUUCUUACUUACAAGCCCAAGUUGUUAGAUCGUCCUUUCUCUGGUAGUUUGUUUGGCAUUGAGGUUUUUUCAUGCCGGUUAGGAAACGAGCAAGAGACUGCACUGUCAAUUAUUGAUCCGGUACAAAUUCAGAUGGAACUUGUUGGAAGUUCUUCCUACCCAAGUGGUUCUGGACUGUUGGAUGCUUUCAAUAGCGAGGAUUUUCCUCCUAUUCUAGAGAUUCAGUUGCAAGCACUGGAUAUCAGGCUGUCCUACAAUGAUGUUCAACUGUUCUUGGCAAUUGCAAAGUCAAUUCCUCAACAGACGAGUGCAGCUAUGCCUGACUCAACUGGGUCAAUUGCUGAGAAUACUGCUAAUCCUCCCAGUUUAGCACUGGUGAAUGAGACUUCCUCCACGACACGUGAAAGCAGAGAGAUAUCCAAACGUGUGUUGGAUCCUGUUCUUGAGGUACAGCUGGCUCGCCUCCAGGAGCUGGGAUUCAGUAUGGAAGAUUGUCGUAAAGCUCUUUUGGUCUGCCAAGGUGACUUGAAAAAAGCAGCGAGUUGGUUAUUUAAGAAGGCUGAACCUUUGAAAUCUGUUUCCCUGACUUCUUCUGGUCAAGAUAACCAGGGCAUUGUGCCUUUUCAGUUCAUCUCUGGAGUGGAAAUAAAGGCAGAGAGUAUAUGCAUUUGCUUUAUUGAUGACUGCAUGGAUUGUGAUGUUCCCCUUGCUGAGUUAACCUUUUCACGAUUGAAUUUUCUCCAACAUUUGAGAGCCAACCCUGAAGGCUACGCUCAUUUUACCCUCUCUGGAGAUUAUUACAAUCGUGAGCUUUCAGGCUGGGAGCCAUUUAUUGAACCAUGGCCAUGUUCAGUUACUUGGCAACAACAAGCUUCGAGCCGCCUCCACCCUUCCCGACUGAAGCUGGAAGUAAAGGCUAAGCACCGUUUGGAUAUAAACAUUACCUCUGUCUUAAUAGAACAGUACACGUGUACCAAGCAGUCAUGGAUGGAAGAUUACUGUAAACAGGACAAAGAAGUGAAUGUAAUCAGUUCAGAAGACUGGAUGGGUUCUUCGGUGGAUCCACCGUGUUUUGGACAGAGCCUUCCUCUUGUCUACCUUAGAACUAGGAGUACUGCCAGUUUGACUAACCUAGAGCAUCAAAUCUAUGCUAGAGCUGAAAUGAAGACUCCAAAACGUAGGCAGCCGUUUGUCCCAUUUGCUCUAAGAAAUCAUACUGGAUGCACUCUGUGGUUUGCUACCCUAACUACAACACCUACCCGGGCUGCGCUGUCUCACAGUGGGAGUCCAGGUGUUGUUCCUGAGGAAAACGGGACAUUGCUGGAUGACGCCCACAAUGUCAGUGAAUGGCAAGAAGUUAUCACUGGGCAAGAGAUUCCAUUUGAAUUUGAAGCCAGAGGGAAACUGAGACACAGGCACACGCAUGAUCUAAGAAUUCAUCAGUUGCAAGUGAGAGUAAACGGCUGGGAAGAAGUCAGUCCAGUAUCUGUAGACAAAGUUGGAACGUAUUUCCGUUACGCUGCACCAGAUAAGAACUCAUCCUCUUCUACUCUUGGAAGCCCAAUAAGUAGAACAAAUAUAAUACAUCCACAAGUCUAUUUUUCUUCAUUGCCUCCAGUUCGUGUGGUAUUUGAAGUCACCAUGGAAGGUAGUGCUCGAAAAGUGAUAACAGUGCGCUCAGCCUUGAUCGUGAAGAACAAGCUGGAAACGCCAAUGGAACUACGACUAGACAGUCCUUCUGCCCCUGACAAACCUGUAGUUCUUCCUGCAGUUAUGCCAGGAGAUUCCUUUGCUAUUCCAUUACAUCUUACAUCUUGGCGUUUGCAAGCCAGGCCAAAAGGAAUGGGUGUCUUUUUCUGUAAGGCUCCAAUUCACUGGACUGAUGUUCAGAAGACAGCAGAAGUAUGCAGCAGCAAACGAGAGUGUCAUUCAAUGGAGUCUGAAAAUAGCCGUUUUUUCAGGUUUUGUGUGGCUAUAAAGAAAGAAAAUUAUCCGGAUUAUAUGCCUUCCAACAUAUUUUCUGACAGUGCUAAACAGAUUUUCAGACAGCCUGGACAUACUAUUUAUCUCUUGCCAACAGUGGUAAUCUGUAACUUGCUACCUUGUGAACUCGAGUUCUAUGUUAAAGGAAUGCCAAUUAGUGGGACAUUAAAACCUGGCAAAGAGGCAGCAUUGCACACAGCUGAUACAUCUCAGAACAUUGAGCUUGGGGUAUUGCUAGAAAACUUCCCGAUCUGCAAAGAGCUGUUGAUUCCUCCUGGGACACAAAACUAUAUGGUGCGGAUGCGAUUGUAUGAUGUCAAUAAACGACUGCUAAAUUUGACCAUAAGGAUUGUAUGUCGUGCUGAAGGUUCUCUAAAAAUCCUAAUUUCAGCACCAUAUUGGUUAAUCAACAAAACAGGAUUACCACUUAUCUUCAGACAAGAUAAUGCAAAAACAGAUGCUGCGGGUCAGUUCGAAGAGCACGAGCUUGCUAGAAGCCUCAGCCCACUUCUGUUCUGUUAUGCUGACAAAGAACAGCCAAACUUUUGUACAAUGCGGGUUGGAAAAGGAAUCCAUCCUGAAGGUAUGCCUGGCUGGUGCCAGGGUUUCUCCCUGGAUGGUGGUAGUGGCGUCAGAGCCCUUAAGGUGAUCCAGCAUGGAAACCGGCCGGGCCUCAUUUAUAACAUUGGUAUUGAUGUUAAAAAAGGCAGAGGCCGUUACAUUGAUACAUCUAUGGUAACAUUUGCGCCCCGUUACCUAUUAGAUAAUAAAUCAACCUACAAGCUUGCCUUUGUUCAGCGGGAAUUUGCCAGAGGUCGGGGAACAUCCAAUCCUGAUGGCUACAUCUCCACACUUCCUGGUUCCAGUGUGUUCCACUGGCCGCGUAAUGAUUAUGAUCAAUUAUUGUGUGUGAGACUGAUGGAUGUCCCAAACUGCAUUUGGUCUGGGGGCUUUGAAGUCAACAAAAAUAGCUCAUUCCAUAUUAACAUGAGGGACACGCUGGGAAAAUGUUACUUCUUAAGAGUAGAAAUUACUCUUCAAGGAGCCACAUACCGCAUUGCGUUCAGUGACACGGAUCAGUUACCGCCACCUUUCCGCAUAGACAAUUUUUCAAAGGUCCCAAUUGUUUUUAAUCAGCGUGAUGUUGUUGAGCCAAGACUCUACACUGAAGUGAAGCCCAUGACCUCACUGGAUUAUGCAUGGGAUGAACCUAUUCUACCACCUUUCGUAAUGCUGACAGUUAAAGGAGCAGGCUCCUCAGAAAUCGUCUGUAACAUGAAUGACUUCCAAGAUAGCAACCAGCUUUACUAUGAAAACUUCAUUUAUAUUGCUGCCACAUACACUUUCUCAGGUUUACAGGAGCCAAGUGUAAGACCAGUUGCUUCGAAUAAGGAUGCUGCAUGUGCAGAGCUUGUCCUUGAUGUUUCUCCAAAGACUCAACGAGUUGUACUGAAAAAGAAGGAGCCAGGAAAACGAUCCCAGCUUUGGCGAAUAACAGGCACAGGAAUGCUUUGCCAUGAAGGUUCUUCAGUUCCUCACAACCCCCAUAAACCUUCUCCUCGGUCUGCAGACUCUUGUAUGAUUUUAGAUAUUGCAGGUCUAGCAGCUGUUACAGAUAACAGGUACGAGCCCCUGAUGUUAAGAAAGCCUGAUCGACGGCGCAGUACUACCCAGACGUGGAGUUUUCGUGAUGGAAAGUUGACCUGUGGUAUUCAUGGACUUGUUGUCCAGGCAAAGGGAGGAAUACGAGGUCUUCAUGAUGGAGCAGAAGUUGUUCUUGGUCCUGAUACUUCACUUGAACUUUUGGGACCAGUUCCACCUGAACAGCAGUUCAUAAACCAAAAGAUGAGGCCUGGGUCAGGAGUACUGGCUGUUAAAGUCAUCCCAGAUGGACCAACUAGAGUUCUACAGAUAACGGAUUUUAACCAUCGUAGAAAUGAUCGUUUAUCCAGUGAAGGAGAUGGACUUUCAGUUAUGGAACAAGAUCUGCGCAAGUUAAAAAAUCCAGAUACAGAGCAGGAAUUAGAAGUGCUUGUGAAACUGGAAGGUGGAAUAGGAUUGUCUUUGGUCAACAAAGUUCCUGAAGAGCUAAUAUUUGCAAGCCUCACAAGAAUUAAUGUCCACUACACACAGCUGUCAACAAGUCAGGUGCUAGAGCUCAGUGUGCAGGACAUACAGGUGGACAACCAGCUUAUUGGCACCACGCGGCCUUUUAUGCUAUUUCUGACGCCUAAGAUGAAUGAAAAUGAACCUGUGGAGACUGGUCCUGCUCUGCAAGUAAAUGCAAUGAAAUUUCCCAGUAAAAAUACACUGACUGAUAUCUACAAGCAUCUGAUGAUCACUGCUCGAAAGUUCACAGUUCAAAUUGAGGAGAAACUACUUCUGAAGCUCUUGAGUUUCUUUGGUUAUGAUCAGUCUGAAUCAGAAGUUGAAAAGUAUGAUGAAAACCUCCAUGAAAAGGUCGUUGAACAAGGUGGAGGACAAAAGCGAUACUACUUUGAAAAUCUGAAAAUUAGUGUGCCUCAAAUAAAGCUGAGCGUCUUCACUUCCAGCAAGCUACCUUUGGAUCUCAAGGCAUUGAAAAGCACACUGGGAUUCCCUCUAAUCCGCUUUGAAGAUGCUGUGAUUAAUCUGGAUCCUUUCACUAGGGUCCAUCCAUAUGAAACUCAGGAGUUUAUCAUUAAUGACAUACUGAAACACUUUCAAGAGGAGCUGCUUAGUCAGGCAGCAAGGAUUCUAGGUUCUGUGGAUUUCCUUGGCAACCCGAUGGGUCUACUGAAUGAUGUUUCAGAAGGCGUUACUGGACUUAUAAAAUACGGCAAUGUUGGUGGUCUCAUAAGAAAUGUCACACAUGGAGUAUCAAACUCUGCUGCAAAGUUUGCUGGAACCUUGUCAGAUGGUUUGGGCAAGACAAUGGAUAACAGACAUCAGACAGAGCGAGAAUACAUUCGAUACCACGCUGCAACGAGUGGGGAACAUCUUGUAGCUGGAAUCCAUGGACUUGCACAUGGUAUCAUUGGAGGAUUGACGAGUGUAAUAACUUCAACAGUUGAAGGUGUGAAAACCGAAGGAGGUGUCAGUGGUUUCAUCUCAGGCCUUGGGAAAGGGCUGGUUGGCACAGUAACCAAACCUGUGGCUGGAGCUCUGGAUUUCGCAUCGGAAACUGCACAGGCAGUGAGGGACACUGCAACCCUAAGUGGCCCCAGGACACAAGCGGAGAGAGUGAGAAAGCCGCGUUGCUGUAGAGGACCUCAAGGGCUCUUGCCCCGGUAUUUAGAAAGUCAAGCAGAAGGCCAAGAGCAGCUCUUCAAACUGACUGACAACAUCCAGGAUGAGUUCUUCAUAGCAGUGGAGAACAUAGACAGCUACUGUGUUCUCAUUUCGUCUAAAGCAGUUUAUUUCCUGAAGAGUGGAGAUUACACCGACCGCGAGGCCAUCUUCCUAGAAGUCAAGUAUGAUGACCUCUACCACUGCCUUGUUUCAAAAGACCACGGGAACGUGUACAUACAGUUGACGAAGAAAGCUGUUAAUACGAGUAGUGGUGUAGCAAUGCCAGGCCCAUCACAACAAAAACCAAUGGUAAAAGUGAAAUCUGAAGUUCUUGCAGUAAAGCUGUCUCAAGAAAUAAACUAUGCAAAGAGCCUUUAUUACGAACAGCAGCUUAUGUUAAGACUCAGUGAAAAUCAAGACCAAUUAGAGCUGGACUCUUGAAACCUCUUCCUUACUGCCAGAGUGACCUGUGAGCAUCACUGUGGAGCCACGGUCUUGUGUAACGCGAGAGUACCACAUGGGAA